AUGACAAAAGAGCCUGAAGGAGGUAAGCUUCCAAGCAAUACAAUUCCAAAUCUGAAGGUUCAAUAUGAAUCUACAAAUGCCGUGACCUUGAGAAGUGGGAGGGUUAUUGAAGGAACAUCCAAGGGUAAUAGAAAUGUCAAUGAGGACCUUGAGAAGGAAGAAAAUUUGAAAAACGGAAAAAGUGACUCAACUACGUCCAGGAUUGAAACUGAUCUUGCAAUCCCAGACCCAGUUACGUCCAGGAUUGAAACCUCAUUGCAAUCCCCGACAGAAAGCAAAGGUAAAACGUCCACCUCCUCAAUUCCGAGGAAGUUCAAGGGAAAUGAAGUAGUAGCUCUUAGUGAGGAGGUUUCAAGUAUUCUUCAAAGAAGGCUUCCACCUAAGCUCAAGGACCCCGGACGAUUCACCAUUCCAUGCACAAUUGGUGUAAAGAGGUUUGAUAAGGCUUUACUAAAUUUAAUGCCCCUCUCUGUGUUUUCAGCUCUUAAUUUAGGUACACUAAAGAGGACCUCUGUGGUGAUUGAGCUUGUGGAUCGCUCAUCUGUUCAUCUUUUAGGAGUAAUUGAAGAUGUUCAUCCUUUAGGAGUAAUUGAAGAUGUUUUAGUAAGAGUGGAUGGAUUGGUCUUGCUUGCUGAGUUCUUUGUGAUUGACAUGGAGGAGACGUCAAGUCUCACAUCAUUGCCUUUAAUUUUAAGGUGUCCCUUCAUGGCAACUGCUCACACGAACAUCAAUGUCUAUAAGCACUACUAG